UAGUAUAUAAACACUACUCCUCAACAAGAUUGAAAACCACACACUUCACUCCGCAGCUCUUGUCUUCUACUUUUGCUUAUGCCUUCUUAAUUUGUCCUUCAACAAUUUCUUUGUGAUCUUGUGCAUUGUCUUUGUGGUGAUCAUGAUGGCUGCCUCGGUUGAUCCUUUGGUGGUUGGUCGUGUGAUUGGUGAUGUUGUUGACAUGUUCAUUCCAUCUGUUGGCAUGUCUGUUUACUUUGGUCCUAAACAUGUCACAAAUGGUUGUGACAUAAAGCCAUCCAUGGCUAUCAACCCACCCAAGGUCACUCUCACUGGAAACAUGGAUAACCUCUACACUCUGGUUAUGACUGAUCCAGAUGCACCAAGCCCCAGUGAGCCAAGCAUGCGUGAACUGAUACACUGGAUUGUGGUUGACAUUCCUGGAGGAACAAAUCCAAAGCGAGGAAAGGAGAUUCUUCCAUAUAUAGGACCAAAACCACCGGUUGGUAUCCACCGAUACAUAUUGGUUUUGUUUGAGCAGAAGGGACCAAUUGGAAUGGUUGAGCAGCCAACCAGUAGAGUCAGUUUCAACACUCGUUAUUUUGCAAGUCAAAUGAACCUUGGUCUUCCUGUAGCUACAGUCUACUUUAACUCUCAGAAGGAGCCUCAGGCUAAGAGGCGUUGAAGUGUUGCUAAAUAAUGUUGCCGCAUGAUACAUAAAUAUGAAUGAAUAAUGGGGGAGGGUGUGUGUAUAUAGUUUAUAUAUAGCUACCUAGGGUUACUCAGUAUCAGUCCUAAAAACAAAAACAAUGUGCUUCAUGUUCUGUGUGGCCUGUGUGCAUGGCUCUGAUAACCUUGUUUUAUAUAUAUAUAUAUGCUUCUCCUUUUCUAUUUAUAAAAUAUAUGAAGCUUAUAAGCUAUCUGUCUG